AUGGCGACGAGCGGCGGUGAAGAGGCGACGGCAGCGGCGCCGGCAGCGGCGCCUGCGUCCCCGGUGACCGGGGCAGACACAGCUCCGGGCUGGGAGGUGGCGGUACGGCCCCUGCUGUCCGCGUCCUACUCGGCCUUCGAGAUGAAGGAGUUGCCGCAGCUGGUGGCCUCAGUCAUCGAGAGUGAGUCAGAAAUCCUGCACCAUGAGAAGCAGUAUGAGCCAUUCUACUCAUCCUUUGUCGCCCUCUCCACUCACUACAUUACCACAGUUUGCAGCCUCAUUCCACGGAACCAACUUCAGUCGGUGGCAGCAGCCUGUAAAGUUCUAAUUGAGUUUUCUCUUCUGCGUCUGGAGAAUCCAGAUGAAGCGUGUGCUGUGUCCCAGAAACACUUGAUUCUCCUAAUCAAAGGCCUCUGCACUGGUUGUAGCCGACUAGACAGAACUGAAAUUAUCACCUUCACAGCCAUGAUGAAAUCGGCCAAACUGCCACAGACAGUGAAGACCCUUUCCGAUGUGGAAGAUCAGAAAGAGCUGGCCUCACUGGUGAACCCUGAGCUGAGGCAGAAGGAGGUACAGAUGAAUUUUUUGAACCAGCUGACCUCAGUUUUCAACCCUAGAACUGUGGCAUCACCACCUAUUAGUCCACAGGCUCUGGUGGAAGGGGAAAAUGAUGAGCAGUCAUCCACAGAUCAAGCCUCUGCUAUCAAGACCAAGAACGUGUUUAUAGCUCAGAAUGUGGCCAGUCUUCAAGAGCUUGGUGGUUCAGAGAAGUUACUGCGUGUGUGUUUGAACCUGCCAUAUUUCCUACGCUACAUCAAUCGGUUCCAAGAUGCAGUGUUAGCCAAUUCCUUCUUUAUCAUGCCUGCAACGGUGGCAGAUGCCACUGCUGUCCGUAAUGGUUUUCAUUCACUGGUGAUUGAUGUAACUAUGGCAUUGGAUACCCUUUCUCUACCUGUGUUGGAACCUCUCAAUCCUUCUCGUUUACAAGAUGUAACAGUCCUCAGCCUAAGCUGUCUGUAUGCAGGUGUGAGUGUGGCAACAUGUAUGGCCAUUCUUCAUGUGGGCAGUGCUCAGCAAGUGCGUACAGGAUCCACAAGCUCCAAAGAAGAAGACUAUGAAAGUGACGCAGCUACAAUUGUCCAGAAAUGUCUUGAAAUCUAUGACAUGAUUGGACAAGCCAUCAGCAGUUCCCGCAGGGCAGGUGGCGAGCACUACCAGAACUUUCAGUUGUUGGGUGCCUGGUGUUUGCUGAACAGCCUUUUCCUCAUACUGAACCUCAGUCCUACUGCCUUGGCUGAUAAGGGGAAAGAGAAAGACCCACUAGCUGCUCUCCGAGUGAGAGACAUUCUUUCUCGUACAAAAGAGGGAGUGGGCUCUCCCAAGCUGGGGCCUGGCAAAGGGCUUUCAGCAUGUGUCCUACAGCGGCAGAGGAAGGGCUCCAUGAGCAGUGAUGCCAGUGCCUCCACCGACUCUAACACCUACUAUGAGGACGACUUCAGCAGUACCGAGGAGGACAGCAGUCAAGAUGAUGACAGUGAGCCUAUUUUGGGGCAGUGGUUCGAGGAAACCAUCUCUCCCAGUAAAGAGAAAGUGGCGCCUCCACCUCCACCUCCGCCCCCUCCGCUGGAGAGCUCUCCUCGGGUUAAAAGCCCCAGUAAGCAGGCCCCUGGUGACAAGGGCAACAUUUUGGCUAGUCGAAAAGAUCCUGAGUUGUUUCUAGGUCUGGCUUCCAACAUUUUGAACUUCAUUACCUCUUCCAUGCUAAACUCUCGGAACAAUUUCAUCCGAAACUAUCUGAGCGUGUCUCUUUCCGAACACCAUAUGGCCACCCUGGCCAGUAUCAUCAAGGAGGUGGACAAAGAUGGACUCAAGGGUUCAUCAGAUGAAGAGUUUGCUGCUGCUCUCUAUCACUUCAACCACUCUCUGGUGACCUCUGACCUCCAGUCCCCAAAUCUCCAGAACACACUGCUGCAGCAGCUGGGAGUUGCUCCCUUUUCUGAGGGCCCUUGGCCCCUUUACAUUCACCCGCAAGGCCUCUCUGUGCUUUCACGCCUCCUGCUCAUCUGGCAACAUAAAGCUGGCACGCAAGGUGACCCUGAUGUCCCCGAAUGCCUUAAAGUUUGGGACAGGUUUUUGUCUACAAUGAAGCAGAAUGCCCUACAAGGGGUAGUGCCCAGUGAGACAGAAGAUCUGAAUGUAGAACACCUGCAGCUGCUACUCCUCAUUUUCCACAACUUUUCUGAGAAAGGCCGGCAGGCCAUUUUGACCCUCUUUGUCCAGAAUAUCCAGGAGCUGAGCGUCAACAUGGAAGCACAGAUGCGCUCUGUGCCUCUCAUCCUAGCACGCCUCCUUUUGAUCUUUGAUUAUCUGCUUCAUCAGUACUCCAAAGCACCCGUUUAUCUGUUUGAGCAGGUGCAGCAUAACCUCCUCAGUCCUCCUUUUGGAUGGGCAAAUGGAUCCCAGGACAGUAACAGCCGCAGAGCAGCUACCCCUCUGUAUCAUGGAUUCAAGGAAGUAGAAGAAAACUGGUCUAAGCAUUUCUCAUCAGAUGCUGUCCCUCAACCCAGAUUCUACUGUGUCUUGUCCCCAGAAGCCUCAGAGGAUGAUUUGAACCGUCUUGAUUCUGUGGCAUGUGACGUUCUUUUCUCCAAGCUUGUUAAGUAUGAUGAGCUUUAUACUGCCCUAACAGCCUUGCUUGCAGCUGGGUCCCAGCUUGAUACUGUAAGGAGGAAGGAAAAUAAGAAUGUGACAGCUCUGGAGGCCUGUGCUCUUCAGUACUAUUUCUUGAUACUGUGGAGGAUCCUAGGAAUUUUGCCACCUUCAAAGACUUACAUGAACCAGCUGGCCAUGAACUCACCUGAGAUGAGUGAAUGUGACAUCUUACACACACUACGCUGGUCAUCCCGCCUCCGUAUCAGCUCCUAUGUCAAUUGGAUAAAGGAUCACCUCAUCAAACAGGGAAUGAAGGCUGAACAUGCUGGCUCUCUCAUAGAACUGGCGUCUACCAAGUGUAGCUCAGUGAAAUAUGAUGUUGAAAUUGUUGAGGAAUACUUCGCUCGACAGAUCUCGUCAUUCUGUAGCAUCGACUGUACCACCAUCUUGCAGCUCCAUGAACUUCCUAGUCUGCAAUCCAUCUACACCCUCGAUGCUGCUAUCUCCAAGGUUCAGGUCUCUUUGGAUGAACACUUUUCAAAGAUGGCUGCAGAGACGGAUCCACAUAAGUCAUCUGAGAUCACAAAGAAUCUCCUUCCAGCCACACUCCAACUCAUUGACACCUAUGCAUCGUUCACUAGGUUACCCCUCACCUUGGUGUAUGCUUUCUUCUCAUAUGAGGUGCGCAAUGCCUUUGCCAAUGAUACCAUCCCUUCUGAGAGUUACAUCAGUGCUGUGCAAGCUGCUCACUUGGGAACUCUUUGUGGCCAGAGUCUGCCUCUGGCUGCUUCCUUGAAGCAUACUCUCCUCUCACUGGUUAGGCUGACUGGAGACCUGAUUGUGUGGGCAGAUGAGAUGAACCCACCACAGGUCAUUCGGACCCUGCUACCCCUUCUUUUGGAGUCCAGCACUGAGAGUGUUGCUGAGAUCAGUAGCAACUCCCUGGAACGCAUCCUAGGCCCUGCAGAAUCUGAUGAGUUCCUGGCUCGUGUUUAUGAGAAGCUGAUCACUGGUUGCUACAACAUUCUGGCCAAUCAUGCAGACCCCAACAGUGGACUGGAUGAGUCUAUCUUGGAGGAAUGUCUUCAAUAUUUGGAAAAGCAAUUAGAAAGUAGCCAGGCCCGUAAAGCCAUGGAAGAAUUCUUCUCAGACAGUGGCGAACUUGUGCAGAUCAUGAUGGCCACAGCCAAUGAGAACCUUUCUGCUAAAUUCUGUAACCGAGUCUUGAAAUUCUUCACCAAACUCUUCCAGCUGACUGAGAAGAGCCCUAACCCGAGCCUUCUGCAUCUCUGUGGCUCAUUGGCACAACUGGCUUGUGUGGAGCCUGUGCGUUUGCAGGCCUGGCUCACCCGGAUGACUACAUCACCCCCAAAAGAUUCUGAUCAGCUGGAUAUAAUUCAGGAGAACCGGCAGCUGUUGCAGUUACUGACCACGUACAUUGUUCGGGAAAACAGCCAAGUUGGAGAAGGCGUGUGUGCUGUCCUUCUGGGCACCCUGACCCCCAUGGCAACAGAGAUGCUGGCCAAUGGUGAUGGGACUGGCUUUCCUGAACUCAUGGUUGUGAUGGCCACCCUUGCCAGUGCUGGUCAAGGUGCUGGUCACCUUCAGCUUCAUAAUGCUGCUGUGGACUGGUUGGGCAGAUGCAAGAAAUACCUGUCACAGAAGAAUGUGGUUGAGAAACUGAAUGCCAAUGUAAUGCAUGGAAAGCACGUGAUAAUCUUGGAGUGCACAUGCCAUAUUAUGUCUUACUUGGCUGAUGUCACAAAUGCCCUAAGCCAGAGUAAUGGUCAAGGCCCAAGUCACCUGUCAGUGGACGGGGAAGAGCGAGCCAUUGAGGUAGACUCAGACUGGGUGGAGGAGUUGGCAGUGGAAGAGGAAGAUUCACAGGCUGAGGACUCAGAUGAAGAUUCUCUUUGCAAUAAACUCUGCACUUUCACCAUCACACAGAAAGAAUUCAUGAACCAGCAUUGGUACCACUGUCAUACCUGCAAAAUGGUGGAUGGAGUAGGUGUGUGCACAGUGUGUGCUAAGGUGUGCCACAAGGACCAUGAGAUUUCUUAUGCCAAGUAUGGAUCCUUCUUCUGUGACUGUGGAGCCAAGGAAGAUGGAAGCUGUUUGGCACUGGUAAAAAGAACUCCAAGCAGUGGCAUGAGCUCCACCAUGAAGGAGUCUGCAUUUCAGAGUGAACCAAGGGUUUCAGAGAGUUUGGUUCGCCAUGCUAGCACCUCACCAGCCGACAAGGCCAAGGUCACCAUUAGUGAUGGAAAGGUCACUGAUGAAGAGAAGCCCAAGAAGAGUAGCCUGUGCCGCACAGUAGAAGGUUGCCGAGAGGAGCUACAGAACCAGGCCAAUUUCUCCUUCGCUCCUCUCGUGUUAGACAUGCUCAAUUUCCUCAUGGAUGCCAUUCAGACCAACUUUCAACAGGCUUCGGCUGUGGGGAGCAGCAGCCGGGCACAGCAGGCCCUUGGUGAACUGCAUACAGUGGACAAGGUGGUUGAGAUGACAGACCAGCUGAUGGUUCCCACCUUAGGCUCCCAGGAAGGUGCCUUUGAGAAUGUACGGAUGAAUUACAGCGGAGACCAGGGCCAGACUAUACGGCAGCUAAUCAGCGCCCACGUGCUCAGGCGGGUGGCCAUGUGUGUUCUGUCUUCUCCACAUGGGCGCCGCCAGCACUUGGCUGUCAGCCAUGAGAAGGGCAAGAUCACAGUUCUGCAGCUCUCUGCACUUCUGAAGCAAGCAGACUCCAGCAAAAGGAAGUUGACUCUGACCCGCUUGGCUUCUGCCCCUGUGCCCUUUACUGUGCUGAGCCUUACUGGAAAUCCCUGCAAGGAAGAUUACCUGGCAGUGUGUGGCUUGAAGGACUGCCAUGUGCUCACCUUUAGUAGCUCGGGUUCAGUUUCGGAUCACUUGGUGUUGCACCCUCAGUUGGCAACGGGGAACUUCAUCAUCAAAGCCGUGUGGCUACCUGGUUCACAGACUGAGUUAGCAAUUGUUACAGCAGACUUUGUGAAGAUUUAUGACCUAUCUGUGGAUGCUUUGAGUCCAACCUUCUACUUCCUCCUGCCAAGUUCGAAGAUAAGAGAUGUUACCUUCCUUUUCAAUGAGGAGGGGAAGAACAUCAUUGUGAUAAUGUCUUCAGCUGGGUACAUUUAUACUCAGCUCAUGGAGGAGGCCAGCAGUGCCCAGCAAGGACCCUUCUAUGUCACAAACGUACUGGAAAUCAAUCAUGAAGAUCUGAAGGAUAGUAACAGCCAGCUGGCAGGUGGUGGUGUAUCUGUGUACUACUCCCACGUGUUACAGAUGCUGUUUUUCAGUUAUUGUCAGGGAAAAUCCUUUGCAGCCACCAUCAGCAGAACAAGCAUGGAGGUGGUGCAGCUCUUCCCUAUCAACAUUAAAAGUUCCAAUGGUGGCAGUAAGACUUCUCCUGCUCUCUGCCAGUGGUCUGAGGUGAUGAACCAUCCUGGCUUGGUGUGUUGUGUGCAGCAAACAACAGGUGUGCCUCUGGUUGUUAUGGUGAAACCAGACACUUUUCUAAUCCAGGAGAUUAAGACUCUUCCUGCGAAAGCAAAGAUCCAAGACAUGGUUGCUAUUAGACAUACAGCCUGCAAUGAGCAACAGCGGACAACCAUGAUCUUGCUGUGUGAGGAUGGCAGCUUGCGCAUUUACAUGGCCAAUGUGGAGAACACUUCUUACUGGCUCCAGCCGUCCUUGCAGCCCAGCAGUGUAAUCAGCAUCAUGAAGCCUGUUCGAAAGCGCAAAACAGCUACAAUUACAACCCGCACAUCUAGCCAGGUGACCUUCCCCAUUGACUUCUUUGAACACAACCAGCAGCUGACAGAUGUGGAGUUCGGUGGUAAUGAUCUCCUGCAAGUCUACAAUGCACAACAGAUAAAGCACCGGCUGAACUCUACUGGCAUGUAUGUGGCUAACACCAAGCCUGGUGGCUUCACCAUUGAGAUCAGUAACAACAACAGCACUAUGGUGAUGACAGGCAUGCGGAUCCAGAUCGGGACCCAGGCAAUUGAACGGGCCCCAUCAUAUAUCGAGAUUUUUGGCAGAACUAUGCAGCUUAAUCUGAGUCGGUCACGCUGGUUUGACUUCCCCUUUACCAGAGAAGAAGCCCUGCAAGCUGAUAAGAAGCUGAACCUCUUUAUUGGUGCCUCAGUGGAUCCAGCAGGUGUCACCAUGAUAGAUGCUGUAAAAAUUUAUGGCAAGACUAAGGAGCAAUUUGGCUGGCCUGAUGAGCCCCCUGAAGAAUUCCCUUCUGCCUCUGUCAGCAACAUCUGCCCUUCCAACCUCAACCAGAGUAAUGGCACUGUAGACAGCGACUCAGCCACACCUACUACAACUAGUGGCACUGUCUUGGAGAGGCUGGUUGUGAGUUCUUUAGAAGCCCUGGAAAGCUGCUUUGCCGUUGGUCCAAUCAUCGAGAAGGAGAGGAACAAGAAUGCAGCACAGGAGCUGGCCACUUUGCUGCUGUCCCUGCCAGCACCUGCUAGUGUACAGCAGCAGUCCAAGAGUCUUUUAGCCAGCCUGCACACUAGUCGCUCUGCCUAUCACAGCCACAAGGAUCAGGCCUUGCUGAGCAAAGCUGUGCAGUGUCUCAACACAUCCAGCAAAGAAGGCAAGGACUUGGACCCUGAAGUCUUCCAGAGGCUGGUCAUCACAGCUCGAUCCAUUGCCAUCAUGCGUCCUAACAACCUUGUCCACUUUACGGAGUCAAAGCUGCCCCAGAUGGAAACAGAAGGAGUGGAUGAGGGGAAGGAACCACAGAAGCAGGCAGAAGGAGAAUGCUGUAGUUUCAUCACGCAGCUUGUGAACCACUUCUGGAAACUCCAUGCAUCCAAACCCAAGAAUGCCUUCCUGGCCCCUGCCUGCCUGCCAGGUCUCACUCAUAUUGAAGCUACCGUUAAUGCAUUGGUAGAUAUUAUCCAUGGCUACUGUACUUGUGAGCUGGACUGUAUCAAUACAGCAUCCAAGAUCUACAUGCAGAUGCUAUUGUGUCCUGAUCCUGCUGUGAGCUUCUCUUGCAAACAAGCUCUAAUUCGAGUCCUAAGGCCCAGAAACAAACGGAGACAUGUAACAUUGCCCUCCUCCCCUCGAAGUAACACUCCAAUGGGAGACAAGGAUGAUGACGAUGACGAUGAUGCAGAUGAGAAAAUGCAGUCCUCAGGGAUCACCGAUGCUGGUCACAUCCGCCAGGAAAGCCAGGAACAGAGUGAGGUGGACCAUGGCGAUUUUGAAAUGGUGUCUGAGUCAAUGGUCCUGGAGACAGCUGAAAAUGUCAACAAUGGCAACCCCUCUCCCCUGGAGGCCCUGCUGGCAGGUGCAGAGGGCUUCCCACCCAUGCUGGACAUCCCACCUGAUGCAGAUGAUGAGACCAUGGUUGAACUAGCCAUUGCCCUGAGCCUGCAGCAGGACCAACAAGGCAGCAGCAGCAGUGCCCUGGGCCUGCAGAGCCUGGGACUGUCCGGCCAGGCACCCAGCUCUUCCUCUCUGGACGCAGGAACCCUCUCUGACACCACAGCAUCAGCUCCAGCUUCUGAUGACGAGGGCAGCACGGCCGCGACAGAUGGCUCCACCCUGCGGACCUCUCCUGCCGACCAUGGUGGCAGUGUGGGCUCGGAGAGCGGGGGCAGUGCAGUGGACUCAGUGGCUGGCGAGCACAGUGUGUCUGGCCGGAGCAGUGCAUAUGGGGAUGCCACAGCGGAAGGGCAUCCUGCUGGACCAGGAAGUGUCAGCUCAAGCACUGGUGCUAUUAGUACUGCCACUGGGCACCAGGAGGGAGACGGCUCCGAGGGAGAAGGAGAAGGGGAAGCUGAAGGAGAUGUCCAUACCAGCAACAGGCUGCACAUGGUGCGCCUGAUGCUGUUGGAGAGGUUGCUGCAGACCUUGCCCCAGUUACGAAAUGUUGGAGGUGUCCGGGCCAUCCCAUACAUGCAGGUCAUUCUAAUGCUUACUACAGAUUUGGAUGGAGAAGAUGAGAAAGACAAGGGAGCUUUGGACAACCUUCUCUCCCAGCUGAUUGCUGAACUGGGUAUGGAUAAAAAGGAUGUGUCCAAGAAGAAUGAGCGCAGUGCCUUGAAUGAAGUCCAUUUGGUAGUGAUGAGGCUUCUUAGUGUCUUCAUGUCCCGCACGAAGUCUGGAUCCAAGUCUUCCAUAUGUGAGUCAUCUUCCCUCAUCUCUAGCGCCACAGCUGCAGCCCUGCUGAGCUCAGGGGCUGUGGACUAUUGCCUGCAUGUGCUCAAGUCACUGCUGGAGUAUUGGAAGAACCAACAGAAUGAUGAGGAACCCGUGGCCACUAGCCAGUUGCUGAAACCCCAUACAACUUCAUCCCCUCCUGAUAUGAGCCCGUUCUUUCUUCGGCAGUAUGUGAAGGGUCAUGCUGCUGAUGUGUUUGAGGCCUAUACUCAGCUGCUCACAGAGAUGGUCCUGCGGUUGCCAUACCAAAUCAAAAAGAUCGCUGACACCAGUUCUCGAAUCCCACCUCCUGUCUUUGAUCACUCAUGGUUCUAUUUUCUCUCAGAGUACUUGAUGAUCCAGCAGACUCCAUUUGUACGCCGCCAAGUCCGAAAACUUCUGCUCUUCAUCUGUGGAUCAAAGGAGAAGUACCGACAACUCCGGGAUUUGCACACCUUGGACUCUCAUGUGCGUGGGAUCAAGAAGCUGCUAGAGGAACAGGGAAUAUUUCUUCGGGCCAGUGUGGUUACAGCCAGUUCAGGCUCUGCCUUGCAGUACGACACACUCAUCAGCCUGAUGGAACACCUGAAAGCCUGUGCAGAGAUUGCUGCCCAGCGAACCAUCAACUGGCAGAAAUUCUGCAUCAAAGAUGACUCUGUCCUGUACUUCCUCCUGCAAGUGAGUUUCCUGGUCGAUGAGGGUGUGUCCCCAGUGCUGCUGCAGCUGCUCUCCUGUGCUCUGUGUGGCAGCAAAGUGCUCGCGGCCCUGGCAGCCUCCACAGGUUCCUCCAGUUCCGCUUCCUCCUCUGCUCCUGUGGCUUCCAGCUCUGGACAAGGCGCAACACAGUCCAAAUCUUCCACGAAAAAGAGCAAAAAAGAAGAAAAGGAAAAAGAAAAAGAUAGUGAGAGUUCAGGUAGCCAGGAGGACCAGCUGUGCACAGCUCUGGUGAACCAGCUGAACAAAUUUGCUGAUAAGGAAACCCUCAUCCAGUUUCUGCGUUGUUUCCUGUUGGAGUCCAAUUCUUCUUCUGUGCGCUGGCAGGCCCACUGCCUGACGCUGCACAUCUACAGAAACUCCAGCAAAUCUCAACAGGAGCUCUUGUUAGAUCUCAUGUGGUCCAUUUGGCCAGAACUCCCAGCUUAUGGUCGUAAGGCUGCCCAGUUUGUGGAUCUACUGGGAUAUUUCUCCUUGAAAACAAUACAGACAGAGAAGAAGUUGAAGGAGUAUUCACAGAAGGCUGUUGAGAUACUUCGGACUCAAAACCAUAUUCUCACCAACCAUCCCAACUCCAACAUUUACAGCACCUUGUCCGGCUUAGUGGAGUUCGAUGGCUAUUAUCUGGAGAGUGAUCCCUGUCUGGUGUGUAACAAUCCAGAAGUGCCAUUUUGUUAUAUCAAGCUGUCUUCCAUUAAAGUGGACACACGAUACACCACCACCCAGCAGGUUGUGAAGCUGAUUGGCAGUCACACCAUCAGCAAAGUGACAGUGAAGAUUGGGGACUUAAAACGGACCAAGAUGGUGCGGACUAUCAAUCUGUAUUAUAACAACCGAACUGUGCAGGCCAUCGUGGAGUUGAAAAACAAACCAGCCCGCUGGCACAAAGCGAAGAAAGUUCAGCUGACCCCCGGUCAGACAGAAGUGAAGAUUGACCUGCCGUUGCCCAUUGUGGCCUCCAACCUGAUGAUUGAGUUUGCAGACUUCUAUGAAAACUACCAGGCAUCCACAGAGACCCUGCAGUGCCCACGCUGUAGUGCCUCUGUUCCUGCUAAUCCAGGGGUGUGUGGCAACUGUGGAGAGAAUGUGUACCAGUGUCACAAAUGCAGAUCCAUCAACUAUGAUGAAAAGGAUCCUUUCCUCUGCAAUGCUUGUGGCUUCUGUAAAUAUGCUCGCUUUGACUUCAUGCUCUACGCCAAGCCUUGCUGUGCAGUGGAUCCCAUUGAAAAUGAGGAAGACCGGAAGAAGGCUGUUUCCAACAUAAACACACUUCUGGACAAAGCUGACCGAGUAUAUCAUCAAUUGAUGGGACAUAGGCCACAGCUGGAGAACCUGCUUUGCAAAGUGAAUGAGGCAGCUCCAGAAAAGCCACAGGAAGACUCUGGAACGGCAGGGGGCAUCAGUUCCACAUCAGCCAGUGUAAAUCGCUAUAUCCUGCAGUUGGCUCAGGAGUACUGUGGUGACUGCAAGAACUCAUUUGAUGAACUCUCCAAAAUCAUCCAGAAAGUCUUUGCUUCACGCAAGGAGUUGUUGGAAUAUGACCUGCAGCAAAGGGAAGCAGCCACCAAAUCAUCCCGGACUUCUGUGCAGCCCACAUUCACUGCCAGCCAGUACCGCGCUUUAUCCGUCCUGGGCUGUGGCCACACAUCUUCCACCAAGUGCUAUGGCUGUGCUUCUGCCGUCACCGAGCAUUGUAUCACACUCCUCAGGGCCCUGGCCACCAAUCCAGCUCUGCGACAUAUCCUUGUCUCCCAGGGCCUUAUCCGGGAACUCUUCGAUUAUAAUCUUCGCCGAGGAGCUGCAGCCAUGCGGGAGGAGGUCCGCCAGCUCAUGUGCCUCCUAACUCGAGAUAAUCCAGAAGCCACCCAGCAGAUGAAUGACCUGAUCAUUGGCAAAGUCUCUACAGCUCUGAAAGGCCAUCGGGCCAACCCUGACUUGGCAAGUAGUUUGCAGUAUGAGAUGCUGCUGCUGACAGAUUCCAUCUCGAAGGAGGACAGCUGCUGGGAGCUCCGUUUACGCUGUGCGCUGAGCCUUUUCCUCAUGGCUGUGAAUAUUAAGACUCCUGUGGUAGUCGAGAACAUCACCCUCAUGUGCCUGAGGAUCUUGCAGAAGCUUAUUAAGCCACCUGCCCCAACCAGCAAGAAGAACAAGGAUGUCCCUGUCGAGGCCCUCACCACUGUGAAGCCAUACUGCAAUGAGAUCCAUGCCCAGGCUCAGCUGUGGCUCAAGAGAGAUCCCAAGGCAUCCUAUGAAGCCUGGAAGAAGUGUCUUCCUAUCAGAGGGAUAGAAGGCAAUGGGAAGUCUCCCAGCAAGUCAGAGCUUCACCAUCUCUAUUUGACUGAGAAGUAUGUAUGGAGGUGGAAACAGUUCCUGAGCCGGCGAGGGAAGAGAACCACCCCUCUGGAUCUCAAACUGGGGCAUAACAACUGGUUGCGACAAGUGCUUUUUACUCCUGCAACACAGGCUGCCCGGCAAGCAGCUUGUACCAUUGUGGAGGCUUUGGCCACCAUCCCCAGCCGCAAGCAGCAGGUCCUCGACCUCCUCACCAGCUAUCUGGACGAGCUGAGCAUAGCUGGGGAAUGUGCUGCUGAGUACCUGGCUCUCUACCAGAAGCUUAUCGCCUCAGCCCACUGGAAGGUCUACCUGGCAGCUCGGGGAGUUCUGCCCUACGUAGGCAACCUCAUCACCAAGGAAAUAGCCCGCCUGCUUGCCCUGGAGGAGGCCACCCUGAGCACUGACCUGCAGCAGGGAUAUGCCCUCAAAAGUCUCACAGGCCUUCUGUCUUCCUUCGUGGAGGUGGAAUCCAUCAAAAGGCACUUUAAAAGUCGCUUGGUGGGAACCGUGCUGAAUGGGUACCUGUGCUUGCGGAAGCUGGUGGUGCAGAGGACCAAGCUGAUAGAUGAAACCCAGGACAUGCUGCUGGAGAUGCUGGAAGACAUGACCACAGGUACAGAAUCAGAAACCAAAGCCUUCAUGGCUGUAUGCAUUGAGACAGCCAAGCGCUACAAUCUGGACGACUACCGAACACCAGUUUUCAUCUUUGAGAGGCUGUGCAGCAUCAUUUAUCCUGAGGAGAAUGAAGUCACUGAAUUCUUUGUGACCCUGGAGAAGGACCCCCAACAAGAAGAUUUCUUACAGGGCAGGAUGCCUGGGAAUCCAUAUAGCAGCAAUGAGCCAGGCAUUGGGCCACUUAUGAGAGAUAUAAAGAACAAGAUUUGCCAGGACUGUGACCUGGUGGCUCUCCUGGAGGACGACAGUGGGAUGGAGCUUCUAGUGAACAAUAAAAUUAUUAGUUUGGACCUACCUGUGGCUGAAGUUUACAAGAAGGUCUGGUGUACCACGAAUGAGGGAGAGCCCAUGAGAAUUGUUUAUCGAAUGCGGGGCCUGCUGGGUGACGCCACUGAGGAGUUCAUCGAGUCUCUGGACUCUACCACAGAUGAAGAAGAAGAUGAAGAAGAAGUGUACAAGAUGGCUGGGGUGAUGGCCCAGUGUGGGGGCCUGGAGUGCAUGCUUAACAGAUUGGCAGGGAUCAAAGACUUCAAACAGGGGCGCCACCUUCUAACAGUGCUGCUGAAGUUGUUCAGUUACUGUGUGAAGGUGAAAGUCAACCGGCAGCAGUUGGUCAAGCUGGAGAUGAACACUUUGAAUGUCAUGCUAGGGACGCUAAACUUGGCUCUGGUAGCAGAGCAGGAGAGCAAGGACAGUGGGGGUGCUGCUGUGGCUGAGCAGGUGCUCAGCAUCAUGGAAAUCAUUCUAGAUGAGUCCAAUGCGGAGCCCCUGAGUGAGGACAAGGGUAACCUCCUCCUCACGGGUGACAAGGACCAACUCGUGAUGCUCUUGGACCAGAUCAACAGCACCUUCGUCCGCUCUAACCCUAGUGUGCUUCAGGGCCUGCUGCGCAUCAUCCCAUACCUCUCCUUUGGAGAGGUGGAAAAGAUGCAGAUCUUGGUGGAGCGGUUCAAACCAUACUGCAACUUUGAUAAGUAUGACGAAGACUACAGUGGUGAUGACAAAGUCUUCCUGGACUGCUUCUGCAAGAUUGCAGCCGGCAUUAAGAACAACAGUAAUGGGCAUCAGCUGAAGGACCUCAUCCUCCAGAAGGGAAUCACUCAGAAUGCCCUGGAUUACAUGAAAAAGCACAUCCCUAGUGCUAAGAAUUUGGAUGCUGACAUCUGGAAAAAGUUUUUAUCUCGCCCAGCCCUGCCAUUUAUCUUGAGGCUUCUUCGGGGGCUAGCCAUCCAACACCCAGCCACCCAGGUUCUGAUUGGAACUGACUCCAUAACAAAUCUGCAUAAACUGGAGCAGGUGUCCAGUGACGAGGGCAUUGGGACCUUGGCAGAGAACCUACUAGAGGCACUGCGGGAACACCCAGAUGUGAACAAGAAAAUUGAUGCAGCCCGCAGAGAGACCCGAGCAGAGAAAAAGCGCAUGGCCAUGGCUAUGAGGCAGAAGGCACUGGGGACCCUAGGCAUGACGACCAAUGAAAAGGGCCAGGUAGUGACCAAGACAGCGCUCCUGAAGCAGAUGGAGGAGCUAAUCGAGGAGCCAGGCCUCACAUGCUGCAUCUGCAGAGAAGGCUACAAGUUUCAGCCCACCAAGGUCCUGGGCAUUUAUACCUUUACUAAGCGGGUGGCCUUGGAGGAGAUGGAGAAUAAGCCUCGGAAACAGCAGGGCUACAGCACCGUGUCCCACUUCAACAUUGUGCACUACGACUGUCAUUUAGCUGCUGUCAGGUUGGCUCGAGGCCGGGAAGAGUGGGAAAGUGCUGCCCUGCAGAAUGCCAACACUAAGUGCAAUGGGCUCCUUCCUGUCUGGGGUCCCCACGUCCCUGAAUCAGCUUUUGCCACUUGCUUGGCAAGGCAUAACACAUACCUCCAGGAAUGUACCGGCCAGCGGGAGCCCACGUACCAGCUCAACAUCCACGACAUCAAACUGCUCUUCCUACGCUUCGCCAUGGAGCAGUCGUUCAGUGCAGACACUGGAGGGGGAGGCCGGGAGAGCAACAUUCACCUGAUCCCAUACAUCAUUCACACUGUGCUUUACGUCCUGAACACAACACGAGCAACGUCUCGAGAAGAGAAGAAUCUCCAAGGUUUCCUGGAACAGCCCAAAGAGAAGUGGGUGGAGAGUGCCUUUGACGUGGACGGGCCCCACUAUUUCACGGUGCUGGCCCUGCACGUCCUGCCCCCUGAGCAGUGGAGAGCGAUGCGCAUAGAGAUCCUGCGGAGGCUGCUGGUGACCUCACACGCCCGGGCAGUGGCUCCAGGGGGAGCUACCAGGCUGACAGAUAAAGCAGUGAAGGAUUAUUCUGUUUAUCGCUCUUCCCUUCUCUUUUGGGCCCUCGUCGAUCUCAUUUACAACAUGUUUAAGAAGGUGCCUACCAGUAACACAGAGGGCGGCUGGUCCUGCUCUCUGGCUGAGUACAUCCGCCACAACGACAUGCCCAUCUACGAAGCCGCCGACAGAGCCCUGAAAACCUUCCAGGAGGAGUUCAUGCCAGUGGAGGCCUUCCCAGAGUUCUUCGACGCAGCUGGUCUUCUGUCAGAAGUCACUGACCCAGAGAACUUCCUGAAGGACCUGUUGAACUCGGUCCCCUGAACACCCACAGAAACCGCUCGACGGAGAUUGAAGCUAGCUUGCCUUCCACCCUCUCUUCCCUCCUCGUGCAGAUUCCCCCACAGGAUGCUGCAUUCUUACCCCCUCCCUCUCAUUUUCUUGGAGUGGUGUGGGGGUUUAGGCUUCCUGGUUUACCUCGUGUGUGUGGUGCACUAGCGACGAAGUUGUCUGUAACCAAGCCUCGAAGGACCUGUAUAUACCUAGGAGCCGUGAGUUGUCCUGGCCAGCGUGAUACUUGAGUGUGCACAUCUUGAGAAAUAAACGAAUGACUUAAUACACAGUGGAAAAGGA